UAAAGCUUUAAUUUUUGAAAAUUCCUAAAAAGAGUUAAAACCCCACACUGUAAAAAUACUACAAACAAGAAAAUUAUAACAAAAAGUCUUCACUUUUACUGUUCUACAUCACAUAUAGAUCACUUUCCUCCCCAUUUUCCCUCCUUAAAUACACUCUUUUCCUCCCAUCCAAACACCGCUUCUCUUUAGAUCAAACCCAAGAAAACAAAGCAGUUGAACCCAAAAAUACAUUUAUAAUGGUGAAGCCACAAAAGCCGCCAUCUGGUCGUACAAAUCUAGCUUCGUGUAUUGUAGCAACGGUUUUCUUGAUCUUCCUUGUAAUAAUAGUUCUUAUCGUUUACUUCACCGUUUUCAAACCCCAAGACCCGAAGAUCUCCGUCAACACCGUGCAGCUCCCGUCGUUCUCCGUCGGUAACAACACCGUCAGCUUCACUUUCUCCCAAUACGUCACCGUUAGAAACCCAAACCGGGCCGUUUUCUCUCACUACGACAGCUCCAUCCAGCUGCUUUACUCGGGCUCUCAAGUCGGGUUCAUGUUUAUACCCGCGGGGAAGAUCGAAGCGGGCCGGACCCAGUACAUGGCUGCUACUUUCGCCGUUCAGUCUUUUCCGUUAGCGCCACCGAAUGAGGCAUCGGCGGCGACGAUGCCUAUUACUACGACGACAAUGGGGCCCAUUGGUGUGCCUGGUGGGUUUGGCGGGACUAAUAAUGGGAAUCGAAUCGGACCCACGAUGGAGAUUGAGUCUCGGAUGGAAAUGGGGGGUCGGAUUCGGGUUCUGCAUUUCUUCACCCAUCAUGUGAAGGCUAAAUCUGGGUGCAGAGUCACCAUUGCAGUGACUGAUGGGUCUGUUUUAGGUUUUCACUGCUAAUUUUUUUAUUGUUCUUUUUGCCCACAUUUCGUUCAUGUAACUUUAGACUAAUUAGCUUUUUUCUUUAAAAGUUUUUAGUUUUUGAAGCUCUGGGUAUUAAAUUUUGUAUACCCAAUUUGUCGAAAGAAGUGUAAAAAUUAGUGCUUUUUUUUUUUCUUUCAUUGCAAGUAAGCUCUUUUAAGGAUUAGAAAAAAUUCCAAGUUUAGCGCUUAA